AUGAAGUUCUCCAGUAUACUUUCCCUGACCUCCUUGGCCUCAGCGGCUCCAUAUUUUCACAGCAAUGAAGGCUCUCCUGAUGCUCUAAGCGUAAAGCUGGAGAUGGUCGGUAAUUCCGACGUCAAGGCUAGCAUCACAAACAAUGGCAAUGCCAAGCUCAGACUACUCAGAACUGGAACAAUACUCGGCAACACACCCGUCGAGAAGGUACAGGUGACUCAAAAUGACCAGGAACUUGCCUUUGGCGGCGUCCAUCUGACCAUUGCAUAUGACAUGCUCGAGAACGGAGCAUUCCAGGACAUCGACGCCGGGCAGACAGCCGAGGUCACGUUCGACGUCGCGCAGAUCCGCGACCUCUCGCGGGGCGGCAAGUUCGACAUCUCGGCCACGGGCAGCAUCCCCUUCGCCAACGAAGGGUCCAACACGCUCGCCGGCGCCGUCUCCUACGCGUCCAACAGGAUCCAGGCCGACGUCGACGGCCAAAAGGCCAGUCUCUCCCGGCUGGUCCUCGACCAGAAGCGCACCGUCGUCAAGCCGGACUGCACGGGUUCCAACUACACCAUCGUCCGGGCGGCGCUGCGCAACUGCGCCAACCUAGCCCAGGCCGCCACGCAGGCCGCGACGUUCGGCCCGGACGCGCGCAUGCAGCAGUUCUACCAGGCCACCGACAAGACCACCCGCGGGAUCGUGGCCGGCGUGUUCGAAAAGGUCAAGAACGAGUGCCUCUCCUUCGACGGUGGGGUGUCGUCGCUCUACUGCUCCGACCGCUUCAACUCGUGCGCCGAGGGCGUCCUGGCGUAUACGGUCGCCCAGGCCAGCUACAUGGUGUACUGCAACCUCUACCUGACCCGGCUGCCCCUCAACUCACAGUCGUGCUAUGGGCAGUCGCAGUCCAAUACCAUUGUCCAUGAGGUUACGCAUCUUAGCCAGGUCAAGGGCACCAACGACUAUGGCGGAUACGGAAUCUCUUCUGUUCAGAACCUGACGGCCGCGCAGAAUAUUAACCACGCUGAUACCUAUGCCCUCUUUGCGCAGAGCACAUUCGCCGGGUGCUAA